AUGGGACCAGGAGGAAUGCCACCACAACCACCAGGAAUGCCACCAGCCAGUAUGCCUUAUGGUCAACCUGGCGGUGGAAUGCCGCCUGGACCACCUUAUAUGGGGAUGCAGCCACAAGGAAUGGCACCAGCAGGAAUGCCUUCAGGACACCCAGGAACUGCACAACCUAAUAUGAAUUUUGGGCCACCAGGUAUGAUUUUUACAGUUCAGAUUUUGCACAUUAAGGUUCAUUAUUCUCACAGUGUUAUGUCCUAAGAACGUACAACAUCUUUCCUUCUUUUUAUAAAUUGUGUGCCCUUUAGUGGACUUUUAAAUUUUUGUAGGUAUGCCUCCUCAAAUGGGAAUGCCACCAGGACCUCCAGUUACAGGACAACCCAAUAUGCCCUUUGCACCGCCAGGUAUGAGUACGCAGCCACAAGGAAUUCCACCAGGAGGGAUGCCUCAACCAGGAGGGAUGCUACAACCAGGUGGAAUACAUCCGUCAGGAGGAAUGACUCUACCAGGAGGGAUGCCUCCAGGCCCUCCAGGUUCAGAUCAACCCAAUAUGCCUUUUUUACCACCAGGAAUGAACAUGCAGCCACAAGGGAUGGCACCAGGAGGAAUGCCUCCACAGGGAGGUAUGCCUCCAGGCCCAGGACAGCCCAAUAUGCCGUUUGGGCCACCAGGUAUGAUUUUUUACUGAAGCUUUAUAAAUUUUACUAAAGGUUUAACAAAAACUACUGCAGAUUUUGGCAUGACGUAUACUGGCCUUUUGUCAACUUUGUAUUGUUUUAGGUAUGCUUGGACCACCUCAAAUGCCUCCAGGACCUCCCGGUAUGAUGCCAGGAGGAGCUCCAGGAAUGCAAAGACCGCAACAAAAAUUAGAUUCAAGCGCGAUGCCAUCGAUGGUUGAGGUAGUCCAAAGGGACCAAGCUGAACAUGGCUUUGAUCCUUUCCAAACCGGCUUUACGGAAGCCGUUCUCCCUCCUCUUGCUACUACAGACUUUACGGCUUAUGAUACGGGUAAGAGAGUUUUGUUGUUUUAUUUUGAUUUUUAGGUAAUGCUAAUCCGAAGUUCAUUCGUUCUUCUGUCUACACGAUUCCUGCGUCAAACGACAUGAUCAAGAGUUCUCAGCUGCCAAUCACUAUUUCUCUUACUCCCUUUUCCGAAUUGAAUCAAAAUGAGGUCAGUUGUAUUUCUAUUGCUUUGUUUUGUUAGAUUAACAUUUUUGCAAAAUUAUGGUUCUUUAAUUUAUUUUUAGGUAUAAAAUGAGAAUAAAACUUUGUUUUUAGCUUCAACCUCCAAUUGUUGACCUUGGCGAACUUGGUCCAAUUAGAUGUCAAAGAUGUAAAGCAUAUAUCUCCUCGUUCAUGGAGUUUAUUGACGGUGGUCGUCGCUUCCGUUGUCCUUUCUGUCACGCCACAACUCCAGUAGAAGAUGCAUACUUUGCACAUUUGGAUCAUACGGGUAAACGAACUGACGUUCAACAAAGACCCGAGUUGAUGUAUGGUUCGUACGAGUUUGUGGCCACCAAAGCAUACUGUAGCAAUAACUUGUUACCUCAAGAACCGGCGUUUGUGUUUCUGUUAGACGUGUCUUACAUCAGUGUUCGGUCUGGGCUGUUGGAUACCUUCUGUUCAAACAUUUUGGAGAUCUUGAAAGAGUUGCCAAAGUAAGUAAUGUAACUUUAAAAUAGAACAUGAGCAAAAUUUGAUACAUUACUGAACUAAAAUCUAAACUAUGUUUUCAGAGAUUUAAACCAACCUAAAGCAACCAUCAAGAUCGCGUUGGCAACAUACGACCAACAGAUUCACUUCUACGACCUGUCUUCCUCAUCUCAAACUCACAUGUGUGUGGUAUCAGAUAUUGAGGAUGUUUUUGUGCCGUUUGUGGAGGGAUUCUUUGUAGAUUACGAGACGGCUACUGUGAAUCUGGAGAGGUGUUUGAGAGAUAUUAAACAGACGUUUGCUGAUACCAGAGUAACUGAGACUAUCCUCGGCCCAACGAUAAAGGUGGGAUUGGAGGCAUUAAAAGCUGGUCGAAGAAGCGGAAAACUGUUCGUAUUCCACACUAACCUUCCAACCGUUGAAGCACCAGGAAAGUUGAAGAACAGAGAAGACAGAAAACUACUUGGAAGUGACAAGGAAAAGGUAAGUUAAUUUUAAAACAUGCCAAAAAUGACAUUUCGUUGUUUAAAAAGUUAUAUAAUGUUACCUAAAUUAUAUUCUUUUAGCAAGUAUUAUCUCCUGGAACAGAGUACUACAGUCAUUUGGCAGAAGAAUGUGUGAAAAGUGGUGUUGGUGUUGAUUUGUUCUUAUUCCCAAAUGCUCACAUUGAUUUAGCUUCGAUUGCCCCUGCAGCUACUAUCACCGGUGGCUCCAUCUACAAGUACCAGUACUUUGAUGUGAGUAUUCUUUUUGAUAAAGAUAAAGGUCUAAUUAUUAUUAUUUUAUGUUCAUAACUGUUUAGUUUAUUGUUCUUCUAUUUACAGUAUUAUAUUACAUUGUCUUAGGCCCACCGAGACGGUAAACGAUUCCUGGCCGAUCUACGUCGAGCUGUGUCAAGACCAGUAGCCUUUGAUGUCAUGAUGAGAGUGAGAACAUCGACUGGAAUAAGGCCGACCGGCUUCUUUGGAGCUUUCUUCAUGCAGAAUGUAACAGCGAUUGAAAUGGGCACAAUAGACGCAGACAAGUCGCUUCAGGUAGAGAUCAAGUACGACGACAAACUAAACGAGAACGACCGCGCCUACAUUCAAGUAGCCACGUUGUUCACAAGUCCUGGCGGUCAGAGAAGGUUGAGGGUACAGAACUUGACGUUGAAGGUAACGGCAGAUCACAUUGAAUUGUUCAAAUACGUUGACCACAAUGCUGUCGUGACACAUUUGUUUAAACAUUGUAUGUUUUACUGUCAUAUAGGUUAAUUGUUUAAGAAAGAGAGUAAUAUUGUUUGAUUUAGGCGAGAAGAUUGUCCGCGAACAAAGUCCGAAGGAUAUGAGAGACGAGAUCAUCAACAUAUCGGCUAAAAUACUGGCAGGCUACAGAGAGAAGUGCUCAGAAGGUUCUCCAAUUGGACAGUUGAUAUUGCCAGAAGCUCUUAAACUACUUCCACUGUUUGCUUGUUGUAUAUCGAAGAGCGAUGCCUUGGUGGCAGGAGGAGAGAUUACAGUAGACGACAGAGCGUGGAUGAUGCAUUUGGUACGAUCGAUGAAGCCGGAGGAGGUGACUCGAUUCCUGUAUCCGUUUGUGUAUCCUCUGACACAGAUUAAUGUGGAGAGUCUUUCUGAUAGAUUGCCAGUUAAUGUGAGAGCCAGUAUGCAGUACUUCCAGGCAACAGAAUCCUACCUUGUGGACAACGGAAUGGUCGCCUUCAUCUGGAUUGGACCUGAAGUGAACAAGGAGUGGCUUCAGAAUGUGUUCGGAGUUCACUCUUUGGAGAAUCUGGAUUCAGAAAAGGUCAGUAAGAUGAUAUAAUAUGGUCUUUUUCUGCUUUAAUAUAUGCAAACAUACACUAACAAUUUUAAAAUUUCGAUUUUAGUCUGAAAUCGCUCAGCGUGACAACCCAGAUUCCGCAGCUCUCCACAUGCUACUGGACAAGCUGAACAAACGACGUGCCCGAAUGCUGAAACUUGUCAUCAUCAAGCCCGGAGACGCCCUGGAGUCGUGGAUGAAGAAGUUCUUGGUGGAGGACAGAUAUGGCCAGAACAGUGUGUCCUAUGUAGAUUACCUGUGCGACGUCCACCGGGUCAUACGCCAACUCGUCUCGUAGAGGGUAUAUAUUAACUAUUUAAUGUGAUAGUGGUAGAUAUUUUAUUUUGUAAUCGACUAAUUUAUACUUGUGAUUCUAAUGGUAACGUUUGGUUAUAUUUAUUUGCUUCUAAAUAAACGGUUAUUUAAAUCAUUCUUUUGGGAAAUACGGUGCUCUCAAAUACCGUAUCGCUGCGUGUAUCUUGAAGGAUUCUGUUUUGCAUUCAAGGAUUCUCAAUAUUACACUUGUGACACGGUAAAAGAAAGUGCCUCCGGAAAAUACUCUCCUGAUAUAGUAAGCCUAAACUCUGUGCCACAAUACGUUACCAACCACCUGAAGAGAAUAAACGUGUUCAAGGAAGUCAGUGACAGUUCACUGUGCGUAUUAUGUAAGUUUAUAUUACUUAUAGAUUUAUUGUGAGAUGUUACUCAAUAAACCAUAUUCAGCCAUAAAAAGUAAAUGUCCGAACGAUUACGAGUUGUUCGAGGACUACUGCUACAAGCCUUUCACGGAAACGAAGUCCUUUGAUGAUGCUAGAAGACGUUGUCAGCAAGACGGUGGAGAGCUACCGAAAGUCGAAAGCGAUUCAGUCAACAAUAAACUUGCAGGUAAUAACAUCAAAUCCAAUCUGAUGCUUUAUAAAUAUACUUAUCACUCAACCAUAAAAAGUGACAGUUCUCUUUAUGUUAGGUUACGUUUAUGACAAAGUCCAGAAACCCGUUUGGCUUGGAAUAUACAAAAAGGGCCAGUACUGGAACUACGAUGACCACAAAGAUGAUCUUCCCUUUUACUUCAGAUGGAUGUUUCAAACAAAAGGUAACUAAUUAUAUAAAAGUAUCUACUAACUUGUUCAGGCAACACCCACGCCGUUCUUGAUCACGGUACCUAUGCCGGCUAUUGGAAGUCAGUAGGCUCUGCUGAAAGCCACAGUUUUGUGUGUCAAAUAUCAGCAUUUUAA